AUGGCUUUUUAUGAAAAAAUUUUAUUAUCAAAACAACGUUUCUCUAUUACAUCCGAUGGAGUUGAUAAUGUUCAUCGACCGAUCUCUCCUCCGAUCUCACCGAUUUCUCCACCAGUUUCUCCACCGAUCUCACCACCUCCACCUUAUUCACCAAUGCCACCAACUUUUGUUCCGGUUCAUCCACCUCAAAAUUUAUCUAAAGUUGUGGUUAGAAUGUCUCAACCUCAACAACCGCCACGUAGACGUAUUUCUUCAAAAAACAAUUUUGUAAAUGAUUAUUAUAAUAACGGUGUCAAAAAUGAUUUUCCAAACCAUUAUCAACAAAGACAACAAUAUCACCAAAGACGUGGAAAUGAAUUUAAUCAAAUGUUUAUUCCUGUACAAGUUUGUACUCCUUCAAAUGGAAACGGUAUUCAUCAAAAAGUUCAACAAAUUUUAAUUCCAAUUACAACUUCUCCACGACAUGGUGUUAUUCAUGGUGGUAAUAAUCAUGGUCAAUUUGUACAUAUCCCUCCUCCUCCAAGGUAUAUUCCUGCUUUGCCUCCACCUAAUCAAUUUCAUCUUGUGAAACUGGUUAAAAAUCCUGUUAUGAAUUGUUGA